UUUCUUAAGUAUGGAGCUCCACUAAUACUUAAGUAUUUUUAAAAGCAAGUACUUUAACUUAAGUAAAAAUUUGACUGUACAACUUUCACUUGUUUUUGGAGUAACAUUUGACCAGUGGGAUCUGUACUUUGAUUUAAGUAAUGAAGUUGGGUGCUUUGUCCACCUCUGCACUACACACACCGUGCCGCCUAUUAUUCAUCAGCUUGCCUUAUUUCUGAAAUUACACUGAGUUGUCACUAGAGGGCGCACUGAACCACUUGCUCAAUAACAGGAAAUGACGAUUACGGAAGUAUAAGUCUGUGUCAUGUGAUAUGUACAUUACGCGACGCAGAAAGCGUCAGAAAACAGAAAAGGGCUAAAUAAAGGAAGAGGCGCACGAACACUCACUAGUUUUCACUUUUUCACCAUGGCAGAUGAUUUGAAGAGGUACCUGUACAAACAGCUGCCAACGGUUGAAGGCCUCCAUGCAAUAGUUGUAACAGACAGAGAUGGAGUUCCUGUAAUUAAAGUUGCCAAUGACAAUGCUCCAGAGUAUGCUCUGCGACCAGGCUUUCUGUCAACUUUCGCACUGGCCACAGAUCAAGGCAGCAAGCUGGGUCUGUCUAAAAACAAGAGCAUCAUUUGCUACUACAACACAUAUCAGAUUGUGCAAUUUAAUCGAUUACCCUUAGUGAUCAGCUUCAUUGCAAGUAGUAGUGCCAACACAGGUUUGAUCAUCAGUUUGGAGAAGGAGCUUGUUCCACUGAUUGAGGAACUGAGACAGGUGGUUGAAGUUGCCUAGAAGGCAGGCAGCUUUAUAACUACUACAACAUGUACAGUACCUGGAUCAGAUCAAGACACACACACAUUUGCACCUUGGACAUUACUACAAUAGUAUGAUGUUGGCUGUGAACUUGGAUUUCAUGUCAGUUGUUCUUGAUGCUGUAUGUUUUUCUCUUUUGAAUGUAACCCUGUCUGGUUGUAUUAUAUAUAUUUUUUUCAUUUCUUCUAAUUAAUAAAUUUUGUUUUUGA